UGUGAUGGGGGGUUUCCAUAUUUGAUCGCAGGAAAGUAUUCUGAAGACUUUGGAAUGGUAGAGGAGAAGUGUAAUCCGUAUACCGCAAAAACAAGUGGGGAAUGCAUGACUCCUGCCAGUUGCAGGCGCUAUUACUCUACUGAAUAUUAUUAUGUGGGUGGUUAUUAUGGUGCUACCAAUGAAGCUCUAAUGAUGCUUGAAUUGAUUAAUAAUGGCCCUUUUCCAGUUGGCUUCCAAGUUUAUUCAGAUUUCCAUUCGUAUUCCUCUGGUAUUUACCAUCACAUCGGCAUAGUGGAUAAUAUAAACAGAUUUGAUCCCUUCGUACCUACAAGUCACGCUGUCUUGCUUGUUGGCUACGGAGUUGAGCCUACAACAGGUGAAAAGUUUUGGAGCCUUAAAAACAGUUGGGGGUCUCACUGGGGCGAAAUGGGCUUUUUCCGUAUUCGACGAAGCACUAAUGAAUGUGGUAUAGAAUCCCUUGCUGUCGGCUUUUCUCCUGUUUUAUAA